CGCCUGGGUGCUUGAUGCGAUCAGUAAAGCGCAAGCUGCCUAACUGAACGGAUCAUGAGUUUCGAUCUAGAAAUCAGAGGAGUGUCCCUUCAGCGCGGACAGUUCCGUCUCCUGCUGGACGUAACGCUGCUUGGGUUGUUACUCCUGCUGAGGACGUAUUUCAAAGAUCUAUGGCCGCCAACAACACAACGAGGCUUCUUCUGCGACGACGAGUCACUAAUGUAUCCCUACCGGGAGAGCACGGUGUCCUCCCUCAUGCUUCAUUGUAUCAGUAUCUAUUUUCCGAUGAUGGCUUUGCUGAUCCUGGAGACCAGUCGAGCUUGGCAGGGGAGCCGCCAGUACUGGUAUGUGUACAACACCUUGCGCUGGUUCAUUGUGGGCUAUUCCGCGCAAUCACUAUUAAAGGAUAUGAGCAAGAAUGUUAUCGGAAGGCUGCGUCCCCAUUUCUUUGAGGUCUGUCGGCCGCAGCUGCCCGAUAACGGCUUCUGCUCAGAUGAAGUUAAUCGGAGCGGCGGUGUCUAUCACACAGUUUACAGGUGCCGCACGGAUCUAUCGGGGGCCACCGAGGAGAUGCUCGCCGACAUCCACGUCUCCUUUCCUAGUGGCCACUCCAGCAACACUUUCUACGGCCUGCUCUUCUUGGUUCUCCACUUGGAGCGCAUCCGCUGGCCGCUGCCUGGCAGCUUGCUGCGUCCAGUGUGCCAGCUGCUCUGCGUCUGCCUAGCCUCAUUUGUCGGCCUUAGUCGAGUCAUGGAUUAUAAGCACCACUCGUCGGAUGUUGUGGCCGGUUCGCUGCUGGGCGCCGCCAUUGCCUUUGCGGCUGUCCGGGCGGCAGGGCUGGACGAGCGCCUGCGUCUAGCAAGCGGCAGAGGGCAAAAUGCAAAUACGUCGCCAGCCAAGCCAGCUGCUCCUACUCCUGUUGCCAUGGCUGCCUCUGCUGGUGGCUCUGCUGGUGCCCCUGUCGAAGAGGACCCCGGAGCGAAGCAGCUGCCGCAUGAUUUGUGCCAAGUUACGUGCCACAGCUCUAAUUAGUUUUAGUUGCGUUUCAGCCCUAGCUUGUUAAAGCAACCGACAGUAAAGAUGGACAAUUAAAAGUG